AUGAAGGUCUGUGAUGAAUUUUUCCGUCAAGGAGAUUUCGAGAGAGAUCUCAAUUUACCUGUGACUACCCUGUGCGACAGGGAGAAGACCUCUGUUUCCAAAAUUCAAGUCGGUUUCUUGCAAUACGUGGUGUCUCCCCUGUUUGAGGAGUGGGACCGGUGUCUUCAAACGGCAUUAUCCCGUGAUAUGAUGGAGUACUUACGAGAGAAUCAUGCUCGCUGGGAUAUCAUGCUGCAAGAGGAGCAAGAAGAGACAAAGGCGAAGGAGCAGACGACUGUAGCUGAAACUCACAUUCGAGUGGAAAGUGAGGAAGAGGAGGAAGAGGAGGACGAGCUGGCAACUCCUCCUGCAAAGCCUUUCGAUCCCAAUCGGUUGGGCUUGAGUCCAGAAGACAUGCGGGUGUUGGUGGGAAGGCGGCAUUCCAUGCCUUUGAGCUGGCCACGUGUGUUAUCUAGGACGACAAUCGUGAGGCGGCGGGAAAGUCUCCCCGGUCGUGAAGAGGAGAGCCAGAAAUCCCCUGGUACUGGCCCUGUGGUCUCCUUACGAGUGACUGAAGAAUUCGAGAGCCAAAGCACUCUCUUCAGUCCCACCAGCCCCGUCCCCGUGGUUUCCGGUGACCUGAUUGAUCAGUCUCAGUCAGAAUUGGGCGAGGAUUCCACUGCAGACGAACUGUUGACCGAGCCGAGCAUCGCCUUCAUUACGAAUACGAGAGCUGCUCGUAGGUUGUCGGUGGUGAUGCACCAGAGCACUCUACCCGGGUCAGGCGCCUCCUCAGUCUCGGAACAUGGGAGGUCCUCUAAUCCCUCCGCUUCCGGGACUUCCUCUCCAUCAUCUGUGGUAUCCCCGUUCCCGGGAAGUCGGCUCACGAGACAGCAGACUUUCCAAACCACUCAAUGCCAUCAUUCAAGACCCAGGUUCUAUUCGAUGGUGAGUGGUGAGAAGGUGAACCUCAGCGCAGUGUCUUCCAGUGACGAAGAGAAACGAAAUAGUGGAGCUCAGUUGUGUGAGGAUGGGAAAGGCUGUGGGACCCCACCGCACACGGCGGAGCUGGUUUCUCUUCGGUUGGCAGAAGAAUCAGAGAACCACGGUGCUCAAUCCUCAAAUACAUUCCCCACAACGCUUAGUGUAGAACCUGAUGCAGGGUCCUUGGCCUCAGCCGCGACCUCAGGUGUCUCUGUGCAGCAGAACCCAUGCAACCCUAGAGAUCCCCACGACCCCUCCUCGGUUGCUCAGAAGAUACCAAAGGUUGCCAAAGUCAUCACAAAUAAGGAGAACAGAGACCCUUUAUCACCGAAUGGCUCAAUCCCAUGGACAGUAUUUGUUUGGGAACCUGGGAGUGAUGUGCCUUCCAACAACUGCACAUCUGCCAGAUCUGGAGAUAGUGUCAGUCCCAGUUCCAGUUCUCAGAGGCUCUCAAAUAGACGAAGUUCAGCACCUGCUGUAACUGGUCUCAUUCAGGACUCUGCUUCUUUCCUUGCCCAGAAGUUGCUUGGUGCUCUUCCCAGAAGUGUUCAUCCAUUGAAGUCACAGGAGAAUAUGCCUAUUGGAGAUGAGUUGAAAGUGGGAGGAUUAUAUCGCCGUGGAUCCCUUCCACCACAGCUGAUUCGGAGAAGCUCUGUCGCGGUUCUUGAGCCAACCAUACCCUCUGAGUCAGAGAGUGAGAAUGGCCAUGGUGCAGGGGUUCAGUCACAGCCACAGCAGAUGUCUCCCUGUAGCACUGUGCACUUCAACCGCAGUCAUACUGGCAGGUCAUCUGGCAGAUCAUCCAGGAAGGCCAACCUCACAUCUCACUUCCUUGGGAAAAAAUGGCCUUUGAAAAGGAGGGCCUCUGAAGGUGCUGACAUGGCAACCUGUGUGAAAAGUAAUUCAAGAGGUUGUGAAACUGGUCCAGUGAGGAGAGAUUCUGAAUCGUGGCUGUGUGUCCUUGGACAGCAGGAUUUGGUGGCUAUGUUUGCGAGCAAUGAAGAACAAGAAGCCAUAUCAUAUACUCUCCACCCUUCCAACAAACUGCCUCAAAGACGGGGAUCUGUACCUGUCACUCUCUGUCUUCUAGCUCAUACAGGCGGUCUUCUGAGACUCAUCAUUCAGAAGUACAUGGCACUGCAUGUGAUUGAAGCAAUUCAGCUCAAUUCUCAUAUAGCACAUGGCCGCUAA